AUGCUUAAUGUAUAUUUUUGUAGAGCUCCACCAAGUAACAUGACGGAUCAUGAGCAUGAUCAUGAUUUCCAUACUGGAGAUGCAGGAGCGGCUACAACGUUCCCUAAGCAGUGCUCUGCUUUGCGUAAAAACGAACAUGUUAUGAUUAAAGGGCGUCCCUGUAAGGUGGUGGAAAUGAGCACCUCAAAGACGGGUAAACACGGUCAUGCGAAGGUUCACCUUGUGGCAAUAGAUAUCUUUACGGGUAAGAAACUCGAAGAUAUCUGCCCAUCCACCCAUAAUAUGGAUGUACCCGUCGUGAAACGUAAGGAAUACCAGCUUCUUGCGAUCAACGACGAUGGCUAUGUAAGUCUUAUGGAUCUAGAUUCAUGCGAUACGAAGGAUGACCUUAAACUACCCGAGGGUGAGCUUGGUGAUCAGAUCAAACAGGCUUUCGAGAAAGACGAAACAGGCAUUCUUUGUCUUGUGGUAUCGGCGUGUGGUGAGGAGAUGAUUCUCGGAUUCAAGAAUAUGCCAAAUAAGGAUUAGUUGUUGAGGAGAGUCGGAUUUGUUGUUUUGGUUUGGUUUGAAUUGGCUUCGUUUAUGAUGAAUGGUUGAUUAUCGGUGAAAGGGGCUUAUGGCACGCGUUUGCGACGGUGUGAACUCUCUCUUUGACCGCUUUUUUGUUAUCUUUUGUCGAUGAUAUUUGUUUGUUUCAUUGCCGGAUUUCAUUAAUUAUAGAUGAAAACUUUUUUAUAUUAUGAUGCUUUGUCUUGCAGCAUCGCGCCUAAGAGUUCUAUUGCAGUGGAACAGAUUUUUUAUGAUAAUUGUUUUCAUUACCACAUCUUGUUUUGCGCGUUAAACUAUUGUUUUUAGGCGAAGUUUAAAGGUUCAAGCAAUUUUCCGAUAGAAAUUGUUUGAAAUGCGCAUUUGAUAACGAAUUUUGAUUUCCAUAAUAUUGGAAAUAGGUGAUUGAACCUAUUUAUCAUUAUUAUGGUUGUUAUUAUUAGAUGAGAUUCAUAUUUUCGUUAUAAGUUGGAAGUUGUUGUUUUUUUUCUACACAGAGAGAAGCCUAAAGAGAACUGAAUUUAUCUGUUUUUCCUGUUUCAUUUGUUGUUCAUUCGCAGUUUUUUUUUUGUAUUCUGUCUGCUCGUUUUAUAAUCCUUUUUUUCUCGUAAUCCCAAUAAAUUGUUUUGUUAUCGUUCAUCAUCAUUGAAGUGAAGAAUUCAGAUUCGAUUUGAACUGAAUUAAAUUUGGUUGAAUGACGACGUUGCUUGAUGAAUAAAUGGGAACGAC